AUGUCGUCUAAAAACUUAGCUCUCCCCUUUGUACGUCACAUAACAAUCAGAGGUUAUGCCCAGGCUGCGCCUGCGGUGAGAAAGGAAGCGAAACUCCAGACUAGUGUUUUGCCUAAUAAAACCUUCGUGGCCGCUGUUGAUAAUGGUUCUCCGGUGACUCGAGUCACCAUUGCCUUCAAAGCUGGCUCCCGCUAUGAACCUCAAACUGAGCUUGGUUUAGCCCAUGUCCUCCGUUCAGCUGCAGGGCUCACCACCAAGAACGCAAGCGCUUUCAUGAUAUCUCGCAAGCUCUCACAGAUUGGAGCAUCCUUUAAUGCUAGUGGCGAUCGUGAAUUUAUUUACUACACCCUCGAAGCUUCACAAGAAAACUUGCAAGAAGCUUUGGUGUACUUGAACAAUAUUGUGUCCAACCAAGAGUUCAGACCGUGGGAAUUGAGCGACAAUGUUUCUCGCUUGAAGUUCGACAUACUAUCACUUUCACCUCAAGUCCGUGCUGUAGAUUUGCUACACAAGGCUGCUUUUCGUCGUGGACUUGGUAACUCCCUCUUCAUUUCCCCGAAGAAGAUUGGAAAAAUCAGUUCUGAAUCUUUGCAACAUUUUGCUUCUACCACCCUUACUCCUGGCCGCUGUGCUGUAUCCAUUGUUGGAGGUUCCCAGGACACUGCUGCACUAGUAGCUCAAGCUCUUCAACUUCCAGCUAGUGGUGAUGCUCAGAGCAAUGCUUCGACUUACUGUGGUGGUGAAUUAAGAAAAGAAAUGGGCGGAGAUUUAGCUCAUGUGGCAUUAGCUGUUCCCGGAGCAUCUGCCGGUUCACCACAAAGCCUGGCUCUAGCUGUGGCUGCUAAAGCUCUUGGCAAUGGACCAGUAACAAAAUGGGGUGCUGACAAUACUCCUCUUGCUAAGGCUAUUGGUAACAUUGGUCCAUUUGCUGCUGCAGGAUUCAAUGUAUCCUAUUCCGACAGUGGUCUAUUUGGAAUUGUGCUGUCUGUACCCAAGGAUGAAGCAAAUGCUGCCCUUAAAGCUGCUGCGAAACUGCUUAAGAAUCCCAACCUUAGUGCUGAUGCCAUCAAAGCCGGCAAAAACCAACUUAAAUUGCAAGUGCUGUCUGAGGCAGAAAGUGGAGUUUCACUAUCUGAAUUGCUAGCCGUCCAAGGAUUGUAUACAGGCUCAGCUAAAUCACCAUUAGACAUUGCUAAAGACAUUGACCAACUGUCUUCUAGUGAUGUUUCACAGGUACUUGCCAGCGUUGUCAAAAACAAGGUUUCCAUGGGAGCAGCAGGGAACCUCGCAUUUGUACCUUAUGUCGAUGAACUAUAA